AUGGUAGAUGCUUGGGGCGAAGAUGGCCACAAGACUGUUGGUGAAAUUGCUCAAAAUGUUUUGAAACCGAGCGUAGCUCUGAAAGUUGCAAAGUUGUUUCAAGAUCCGUCUUUUGGUGGAAAAUUAGCUCCUGCCAGUAUUUGGGCCGACACUGUUAGAAAACAAAAAGGAUCUCCAUUUGCUUUUUGGAGUGCUCCUUUACAUUUCAUGGAUACUCACGAUGACCCUGGCAAAGAAUGUUCUGUCAAUGAGGCUACUGAUUGUGCUGAUGGUGUUUGUGUGGUCGGUGCAAUUGCCAAUUAUACAACUCAAUUGGAUUGCGAAAACGGCAAUGACAUCAAUACUAGAGAUAUUGCUCUUAGAUUUUUAACACAUUUCUUUGGUGAUAUUACACAACCACUUCAUGUUUGUGGACGUGCAAAAGGUGGAAAUGGUGUUGACGUGAAAUUUGAUGGUCGUAAUUCAAAUCUUCACUCCAUCUGGGAUACAGCUAUGGUUGAAAAAAGAUUAAAAGACUUUAACAAUAGUUUUAAAACAUACGCAAAUCACUUAACCAAUGAAAUUAUUAAUGGUACUUUUGCAAACGAGUCAAAAACUUGGAUUUCAUGUGAAGAGACACCACAACGAAGGGAUAUUAGUUUCAUAAAGCGUGCCAAAGCCACUACAAGAUGUCCACUUAGUUGGGCAGUUGACACCAAUGGAAUUAACUGUCCUUUGGUUUGGGCAGCUAUUGAUGACAAUUCAGCAUUAGAUUUAGGUGGAAAAUAUUAUAAUGAUGCAGUACCAUUUAUUGAUAGACAACUCGCCAAAGGUGGUUUUAGACUCGGAACAUUCUUAAAUAUUAUGUUAAGUAAACCUUGUGAAAAGAAUUAA